UUAAAUAUUCACAUGUUGGAAACAUUUAAUUUAAAUUUGGUUCAAUUUGUUGUCCAGUUUUAUCAGGAAAAAUGCCGGUUAUUAAAGAUUUAAUAAAAGGUUUGUAUCGAGGAGCGAACAGACACAAAGAGAUGACUAGCAAACGAGGAAACAAGAACUUUCAUCCAAGUCGUGGAUUGCAGAGGACAGGAAUCAAAGUGGGAUUGAGGUUCAAAAACGUCCAAGAGAUGAUUCCAGAGAUUGUUGUUCCCAACCUUGAAGGAUUCACAUUGAAGGCGUACGUUUCUCACAAAUGCCCCGACACCACGGAACCACCAAUCACAGCAAGGGAUAUCUUUGACGCUUGCGUUGCUCCACAAGUCAAGGCAGACUUUAAGGACGGGAAGUUUAACAGCGUCAACGUAACCUCGGAGAGCUCGUCAGAGGGUGUAACGAAACAGUCAAACCAGAGCAGAUGACAUCAUCAAGAAUUCUUAAAAACUGUAAAUACAUCCCUGUUGUGAGGGCCCAAUUUCAUAGAGGUGCUUAAUGCAUGAAAUUAAGCUAAAGGCCAAGUCACAUUGCAGCGAUAAGGAAAACAAUAGCAAUCACGAUAUGGAGAGGUUUGCAGUAACACCAGACAUGCCAGAGUUGGGGGUGGUUCUGAAAAGAACCGUUGGUUUCAACUCGACG